GGUGGACCCCGUACAUAACAUAAAAGGUAGCGAGACUGCAGCCAUUGCGACCAUCUCUUGUACUGUGCUGUAGGUGUACGACAGAGCUGCUUAAAUAUGUCUUACGACAGAAAAUCUCAGACGCGUAUCUUCGUCGGUGGCUUGGGUGACAACAUACCAAAGGAUGAUCUCGAAAGAGAAUUUAGCAAGUAUGGAAAGCUGAGUCAAGUAUGGGUGGCGCAGAACCCUCCAGGAUUUGCAUUCCUGGAAUUUGAGGAUUCACAAGACGCAGAUGAAGCCGUUCGACAGAUGAACGGCGUAGUUCUCAAUGGCUCGCGCCUGCGUGUUGAGCACUCCCGUGGCGGCCGCGGCGGACGUGGUGGAGGACGAGGUGGCGGCGGCGGCGGGGGCUUCUACCGCGGCGGUCGCGGCGGUGGGGGUUUCGACAGAGGUGGCAGCCGGGGUUUCCGCGGGGGCCGCGGCGGUGGUGGCGGCGGCUUCCGCGGAGGCCGAGGAGGUGGCUUCGACAGGUCCCGACGUGGAGGCUACGACUCAUACGGAGGUGGCCGCCGUGAUGACGGCUACGACGACGCCUCUGACAGCAGCAACUAUGGCGGUGGCUACAACAAAGGCCGAUACAGCUAUAACGAAAGCAGCAGCCCGCGGUACCGUAGCAGAUCUCCCUUGGGAGCCCAGAGUGGCUACAAUUGAGACGCUGCCAGUAUCGACAGAGCUUCGCAGACUCCCGAGCGCAGUCUACUCGGAGUCGCAGAAGCAAUGACUUCCCCACGCAUAAGGAUGUUCUUUGUAUGGUUUAUUUUUUCUUGUCCAUUACUUCAGUGCAAGGCAACUUACGCAUGUACAUAGCGUGAUCUGUGGACCACAAACCAUGACUUUGCCAGUCCUCUUUGCGUCGGGCCAACCCCCCAGUGUGUGUGUGUGUGCAGAAUCGCCUUGCAAGGCUGCUGGGCCGACACCGUCACUAGUUUGGAGGGCUGUCUAGAUGGGCAGUGGGCGCGACCACGCACACUCGAGCGUUUACUUCUUGCUUGUUGGUGGGGGAGGGAACAGCCGUGUUUGUGGGGUCACUCAUUUUUGAGGACUAGUUUGAGAAAUUCCUCCCGCGUCUUGGGGUCCUCUCGAAAGACGCCGAGCAUGGUGCUGGUGAUGGUCUUGCUCGCCACUUUCUGUACGCCUCUCAUCACCAUGCACAUGUGGCUGCAAGAGACACUGCCUGGUUAUUCUUUUUCUGCACAGCAUGCAGUUCUCUGUCAAAUCCUUCCGCUUCUGGAAGAUUCGUAUCGUUUUGUAAAUUUGGGGGAAAAAAGACUUGUUUUUAUGCGCCACAUAAACCUUGCUUAGCCAAUGGGAAUUGCAUCAUUUCUUACUUCAUUGUAAAUGUCUGCACCUAUUAGCCAUUUUUGUAAUCAUUCCCAAGCUCAAUUUUUCAUUGGAGAAGCAAGGCUCGUCUGUAGGUUAGUGAUCUGAGGCAAGAAGUAUUGCAUGCGUUCAUUAUGCGUAAUGUACAAGAAAAUCCAACUUCCUCGUACAGUGGCUGUCGUCUGAGAACUUUGAUUAUGCAUCUAAGCAAUUCUAGCUUCAUAGGAGAGGAGAGCGUCCCCCCAGACUCACGUGGCCUGAAUGACUACGCCUACACCAGUGGGGCCUAUGGCCUCUGUGAUGGCAGUGGCGAUCUGCUUAGUGAGCCGCUCCUGCACUGCAAGUGAAACGAACGGGGCUGUUGCUGCUGUCUGGGCGGACUCGUAGUCGCAGGGGGGGUCAAGGGACUUACCUUGAAGCCGCCUACUGUAGACUUCUACAAUCCUGGGGAAAAAAGGGAGAAAAAUAGCGGAUGUCAGUGCUAAGUUGCAGGCACACUUUAGCUUUGUGGACAAAUAAAUCUUCUGUUUUGAAAUGUCA